UUUUGAUAGGUGGCGUUCGUUUGCUUUUCUGACAGUCUGGUUUUGCUGGGGGUGUAGUGGUGUGUGGUGGGAGUGGUACAUCGAGAAGGAAUUCAAUACGAAUUGGUUCUCGCAUGGAUGUUGAAGCCUCGUGAUGUAUUCUCGUGAUUGUAUCGUCUCUACGACAGGGUUCCAGACCUCCCUCAUCGAACGCAUAUGAUGUCCUCCGUGAGUGAAAUUGAGCCUCUUCCCCAUUCCACCUUUCUCCACAACCUCUCCACAACCACUCCAUCCAAUCCCUCCCCUACCUCCAAACCAAUCAACCAUCCACAAACCGUCCAAACAUCUAAAAAACCCCAACCCGCCCCCCAAAAAAGCCACCCCAGAUCCAAACAAUCUCCCAUUCCGGGUCCCAGUCCCUCACCUCCCAUCUCCUGGUCGCGAGCCGCCGCCAUUCAAACCAUCGUCGAACACCCUAGGUAGGAAACGAUCCCGAUAUGGUUUAGGUCUUGGGGGGGUGGUAUGUUUGCGUCACUUGUAAUUUUCCAACGGAUGAUGUGGGAUUUUGUGUUGAGGUGGGGUUUGAGAGUUUGGGUCAGGCAGGGUUUGCGUUUGGGGAAAGGGAAGAGGGGGGAUCUGGGCCUUUUGGGUACUGGCAUGACAGACACUCUUUUCUUUUGUUUUGUUUUAUUAUUGGGAAUGUGAGGAAGUUCGAUCAAGAAAGAAUGAAUGAAAGAAAGAAAGAUAUGGAUACACAAUAGAGCAGUUAGAGAGAUACGUAGAUAGGUACAGCUUUCUUAUUGGAGAUUGGCUCAGUAGAUAAAUAGAUAU